ACUGAAACAAGUAAAAAUAAUAAAAAAAAAAAAAAAAAAAAAAAAAAAAAAAAAAAUGUCAAACGAAAAGACAAUGUUGAAGGUCUCCUGGGCCUAUAUGCUAAAGCAAGAAGACUUGGUAACAUAUCUUACUGAAUUCAAUCUUGAUCCAGUUGGAAAAGUGGACGAUCUCCGAAAAAGAUGGGCUAAAUUUCUCCACAACGCCCAUGAAGCCGAUGUAUACAGACGGCUUAUAGAGUUGCAGAACAAACAUGAAAGUACCAGUCCGACCAAAUCGCCGACAUUGCGAGCCGUCACAAAACAACCCCUUAUAACCGUAACACCGUGUGGAGCAGAAGCAAUAGUAUUAUCCCCAAUAAAAACAGAGUACGCCCUUCCCCACAUCUCCGCGGAAAGGUCACAUGGAGAGUCAAGCACCGGGGUAACAAACGAUCAAAAAGUACAGAAGAUGUCGCCAACAAACCCCGAAUAUGGAUUUCAAAAAGAUUCUCCGCCCAAGCCAUCCAAUAAUUCGUCGUUACUCGUAAUUCUCGACCAAAUCCGAAAAUGGAAUAUUACUUUUGAAAAUGGAAUGGACCCUAGUGGAUUCGUAGAACGUGUAGAAGAAAUGGCUGAAAUGUACAUCGUGGAAUUGAAUCAAAUAAUUAAAGUAAUGCCAGAGUUGUUACGAGGUAAAGCUUUAAUCUGGCUAAGGAACAACAACCGACACUGGACUACCUGGAACGAAUUUAAGAGUGAUUUUCUGAAAUUCUUUUUGCCACCGAGAUACUUUGAGAAAUUGGAGGAUGAAAUUAGGAGAAGGAUACAGCGUAAUAAGGAGCCGUUUAAGGAAUAUGUACUCUCUAUACAGCAUCUUAUGCAGCACACCAAUAUGACCGAAGAACAAAAAUUGGAACGAAUUUUUAGAAACGCGCAUUCGGAUUAUCAAUGGUACAUUCGCCGUAAAGACUUUACCACACUUUCGGAAUUGAUCUCCUUGGCAGACGAACUCGAAAGCAUACCAAAUAAUUCUCGGUCAGAACAGCCUCGAAAUCAACAAAACUAUAAUCGACGUGCGGACAACUCUAGAAAUAACCUGUAUUGCACCAAUCAAGGUGACCAAGUGCUAAACGAAAGCUCAUCCAAUCCAGAAACGCAGCAGGAUGAACCCCCGGCAAAGAAGAGUAACCAGAAUAUUACCUCAUUGCAAUGUGAAGAAUAUCGCCUUACUGCAACGGUCUUAAUAGAGGGGAAAGCUAUUAAAGCAACUGUCGACACGGGUGCCACUAGCUGUUUUAUAAAAAGAGAAUUUGCGGAAAAAAUCAAGAAAAGGUUUACUUAUUCACGGCAUGAGGCAAAUGUUAUCCUCGCAGACGGCACCACGGUGAACAUCACAAGAUCAACAGUGUUACCUGUUACAUUUGGAAACCAAAGCUCAGAUGUUACAUUUCUCAUCAUGCCGCAAUUCAAGGAAAACAUCAUAUUGGGAUUGGAAUUUCUAAAACAGUUCCACACGACCAUUCACUGCGCCGGUAUAAGUGUCAAAUUAAGUAAGCCAACCACAUCAACGGAGCAUUGUACCGUGGCUAUAGGAGAGGAAACCCCAUCAAAAGAGACAUUAAAUUGACAAUACCCAAACUAAUCAGUGUCCUAAUAUAAGCCCAUACUGCAAAGACCAUCGAAAUUCUCAAAAUUUCAACAUCACGAUGGAGCAAGAUAGCCCCAACACGAAAAAAUUCAAACGGGCGAAGGAGAAUAAUAGCACACCAAGUACAAUCAAAUUGCCAGUCACUGAAAUCCCAACUGAGUCAACGCCACCGUCCUCGACAGACAAUCCCGUGAACGAUAACACAUUUCUCGAACUGCCAAAUUAUCCCGAAAACCUACAAAUCCGUAUCGAGAAGUUUAAAAACAAUUGGAAAAAGGGACACAAACUGAAGCGAAUUGUUAAACAAGAUGGCAAGCAGUACCGCAUAAUAAUAUCAGCAGACGGGGUAGUGAAGGUAUCUCUCCGAACUUCUGCAAUUGGUCUCUAACAUACCUUCCUAUUCGACCGAGAUAUAGUCGAACCAAAGUGCCCAUGUCGGAGAAAUAAAAGGUUACAUAACACCCUAGGGCUUCCUGGCUAUUGAAACCCAAUAGCAAUAGAGAAAGCAAAUCAAGGAAUCAAAAAUCAGAGGGAGGAAGAGAUGCCAUGUAACGCCCAAAAGUCAUGCUUUCGUUUUUGGGGUACAUUAUUAUUUUAAAUACCAUUUUUACUUACUUAUGUUAUAUACAUCAACUAUGAAUUAUAUUUUUUUUGUUUGAAAAUGCAUUAAAAUAUU